UUCGGCCGCCGUAGCCGGAACUGCUGCUGUGCGCGGCUGGCCGGGUCUCCGGGAGGCUGAGCGGCGGCGGCAGCAUCGGCUCCCGCAGCCCAGUCAGCCGCACCCCGGCUGCGGAGGGGACGUGCCGGGGCAGGCGGUGCCGGGGCAGGCGUCGCUGGUCGACUGUUUCCGAAGCGGGAGCACAACACCGGCGUAGCGGUCUUGCUGCAGUCGGGGACCGGGGCUGCCCGGCCCGGCCGGAUCUGCGGGCACCCGGGAGGCCCCCGGAGGGCCCGGGAAGCCAGGCUGCUGCGAGGCAUUGAUGAAAAAGGAUGACAGUGAAGUUGGGAGACGGCGGCGGCGGGGAGGACGGACUCAAGAGGCUGGGCAAGCGGGCUGCCGACGAGGAUGCGCUGGAGGGCGAGGGCGCCGGCGGCGGGGAUCCGGCCGAGGACGGCGGUGGCACAAAGAGGGACGGCAAGACCCCCCGGGGCGGCGGCGCCCCGGCCCCCGCGAGCGGCCCGCAGGCCCCGUCGCCGCCGCCCGCCUGCCCCCAGGACCAGCACCACUUCCUCCGCUCCAGCGUGCGGCCGCAGAGCAAGCGGCUCCGGAAGGACUCGGCGGGCGCCGGGGGCAGCGGCGGCAGCAGCACCAGUGGCUCCGGGCCUCGCGGGAAAGGAGCUGAUGGUGGUGGAUCAUCAUCCGGAAAUGGGCCUGGGGUUGCCCCUGCUGCCCCUGCAGGGGCUUCUCGCUCCACCUCCCGGAAUUUAGGAUCUUCUGGCGGUGAGAAGGAAGAAGGCAAAAAAGUCCGGCGACAGUGGGAGUCGUGGAGUACGGAGGACAAGAACACCUUCUUUGAGGGGCUGUAUGAGCAUGGAAAAGACUUUGAAGCCAUCCAGAACAACAUAGCUCUCAAGUAUAAGAAGAAGGGCAAGCCCGCCAGCAUGGUGAAGAACAAAGAGCAAGUGAGGCACUUCUAUUACCGCACGUGGCACAAGAUCACCAAGUACAUCGACUUCGACAAUGUGUUCUCUCGAGGGCUGAAGAAGUCGUCUCAGGAGCUGUAUGGUCUGAUCUGCUAUGGCGAACUGCGCAAGAAGAUUGGGGGCUGUAUGGAUGACAAGAAUGCCACAAAGUUGAAUGAGCUCAUUCAGGUUGGGGCCACCACAGUACGUUACAAAGGAAGAAACCUGCGAAUCAAAGCACCCAUGUGCCGAGCCCUGAAGAAGCUCUGUGACCCAGACGGCUUAAGUGAUGAAGAGGACCAGAAGCCAGUGCGUCUGCCCUUGAGAGUCCCGGUAGAGCUACAGCCAAGGAACAAUCAUGCCUGGGCCCGCGUUCAGAGCCUCUCCCAGAACCCUCGGCUCAGGAUGAUCGUGGAGCUCCAUCGCAAGGUCUCCAGCCUCAUUGAAUUUUUGAAGCAGAAGUGGGAGCUCCAUGAAGUGCGGAUUCGAAAUACGCUCGCGGAGCGGCAGCUGCAGGAUUCGUUUGUGGAGCCGUCACAGGAGAAAGUAAUGCUGCACCUGUUCCCAGGGGAGAACUGUACGCUGACCCCCCUCCCAGGAGUGGCCCGUGUGGUGCACUCCAAGGCCUUCUGCACGGUGCACUGGCAGGAGGGUGGCCGGUGCAAACAGAGCUCCAAAGAUGCCCACACGCUGCCUCCAGCUCAGAUCCUGGGCAUCCAGAGCGGGCAGGGCACGGCCAGGGGCCAGGUGAAGUGCCCAAGGAGCGGCACCGAAGGCAAGGGCGGGGGGCGGCCUCCUCCCUCCAUGGACACUUCUCAGAGCUCUGGAGAGAGUUCCCCUGAAAGUGCCCUUGGGGAGGGGGCUGCCCCAAGCCUCAGCAGCCCGAACGCUCCCGACAGGCUUCCCUCUGGGCUCCAGGAUGCUGGGGGACAGACCCCUACGGCAGCUCCUAUAGAGGUUGGGGACGGCCCAGCCCAAGAGCCCAGGGCCACGACUUGUGCCUGUGGCCAGCUCCCAGAGUUGGAGGACGAUCUCUCUCUCCUAGACCCCUUCCCCCGCUACAUGAAGUCCUGCCAGGACCUCAUCCUCCCUGAGCCAUGCCACUGUGCAGACUCUCGGCUCUCAGUGUGUGUCUCCCCAGAGACUCAAGCCCCCAGCAGCGCAGAGGUGGCCAACCUUGCCCGGACCAGGGCACCAUCUCCUGUCCGUGGCCUAUCUGGCCUGGAGCCUCAGCCCAGCCCAGGGCUCCAGCCAGAUGUUUGCACUAAAGACUCAGCAGAUGCUCCUGCGGAGGAGCCCCAGGAGAAGGUGAGCCCCUCGGACCUUCCGCCACCUCAGGGACAGCCUGCCAAGCCUCCAAAAGAUGUCCCUGCCAGCCGGCUGGCCCAGCAGCUCCGCGAAGAGGGCUGGAACCUGCAGACCUCCGAGAGCCUGACACUGGCCGAAGUCUACCUCAUGAUGGGAAAGCCGAGCAAGCUGCAGCUGGAGUACGACUGGCUGGCCGAGCUGGGCCCUGAGGGCCAGGCCCCGGGCGGUUCCCCACCUGCCGCCUUUCACAAGCAGCGCCUCCUCAGCUGCCUCCUGAAGCUCAUCUCCACUGAGGUCAACCCCAGACUGGCUCCAGAAUCGAACGCCAGCUCCAUGGCCUCAGCGAGACCCGCCCCAGAGGAACAGUCGACCACGCCCCCUGGGAAGGUGGUGAACAUCAGCUCCCGGAGCCCCCGCUGCCCGAGAAACCAGUCUGCCCUUCGCAACAGCAAGGCCUUCUCGCCCAGCUCUGCGCCUUGUCCCUCCUCAGGUUUGAGAAACCCUCCAAGACCCCUGUUGGUGGCUGGUUCCUCCAGUACAGGAAGCAGUGACUCAGAUGGUGGCCUUUUUGCUGUCCCAACAACUUUGCCACCCAACAGCCGACAUGGGAAGCUCUUCUCUCCUAAUAAAGAGACAGAACUGACUUUCCUUCAGCACCUGAACUCCAUCAGCAUGCAGUCGGAUUUCUUCUUGCCAAAGCCCCGGAAACUGCAGAACCGGCACCUACGGAAGCCUCUGGUGGUUCAGGUAAGAAACACUGGUCAGAGAACCCUGCUUCCUAGACCUUCUGAAAACCAGUCCCACAACGUCUGCUCCUUCUCUAUCAUGUCAAAUUCCUCCAUCACCGGUAGAGGCUCAUUCCGGCCCAUCCAGUCUUCCCUCACCAAAGCGGCUCUGUCUCGGCCGAUCAUGCCCAAGGUCCUUCCUCCUCAGGCCACAGGCCACCUGGCCAGUGCUGUCGACUUAGCAGCUACAAGUGCCGGCAUCAUCCCCGGGAGCCCCCUCCCUGUCUUGGAUGCUGAGGGUUUGUCUGGCAUCUCCCCACUGUCUUCAGAUGAGGCAACGGCUACCCUUUCGGGUCAGGACUCCGCUGGCGCCCUCCAGAAUGGAGACCCCCUCCCCACUGUGGGGGGUACAAGCGAUCCAUUCAUCAGCAUCCCCUCGAGGCCUGAGCAGGAGCCAGUGACGGAAGGUUUCCAGGGUUCACCUGUCCUCUCCUUAACUGAGCUAUCCAAGGCUCCUCUGCACAAUGGGCUUUCCACCCAGUUGCCCUUGGCGGAGGGCUCCAGCACUCGGCUCUCUCCGCCUAACGUGUCUGCUCUUCUGGACAUCUCCCUGCCUGGCCCGCCUGAGGACGUGCUCUCGCAGGGAGAGCCUGCCACUCAGAUCAGCGACUCCAUCAUUGAGAUCGCCAUCAGCUCUGGCCAAUACGGUGAAGGAGUUCCUCUUUCUCCAGCAAAACUAAAUGGCAGUGACAGUUCCAAGAGUCUUCCUUCGCCAUCCAGCAGCCCCCAACCAGACUGGAUUGCCUCCCCCACCCAUGACCCCCAGUGGUGCCCCAGCGACCCCACGGACUCGUCCCUCGGCAGCUUGUUUGCGAGCUUCAUCUCAGAGAAAGGCCGAAAGAUGCUGCCGACUCCAGUGGGGACCCACAGUGGCACCUCCCUGCUGGGCCCCAGCCUGCUAGAUGGAAACUCGAGAGACUCGUUUGUGUCCAGAUCCCUGGCCGAUGUGGCAGAGGUCGUGGAUUCCCAGCUGGUGUGCAUGAUGAAUGAAAACAGCGUUGAUUAUAUAUCUCGAUUCAACGACUUGGCCCAGGAGCUGUCCAUUGCCGAGCCCAGCCGCCGAGAGGUUCUGUUUGAUGGCAGUGGAAGUGGCCCCCCUGUCAGUGACCUAUCCCAGUGAACAUACAACGUGCCUCGCGGUGGGGGCGUCCUGGAGGCAUCAAAGGAGAGCUUACAGGGCUGGUGGUCCAGUCCUCAACUGUGAUAGGUGUAGAGAAAAUACAAAUCAAGCCCAGGACCCCCAGAAGAUGGUCAGAAUAGAGACACCUCUGCACCCCAGAAUACACAAAAUGCUGGAAGCUAUAUCCCAACGGGGAGAGGGCAGUAGUGGCCCGAGAAAUGAGGACGAGUCCUGGAGUGUCAUACAUCACCGGCAUUGGAGCCAUUCUUCGCCAGUCGUGGGAUCUCACAUUGGGGUCUGUGUAAUGACCCCAUUUCUGCCCGUGCAUCGGCCUUGGUGGUUGUGUUGGACAGUUUAGUGGGUUUCCUUUCUGGAAGCUAAAGGGGAAGGGGAGUGUCCCCCGGCCGAGUCCUUGUGCCCUGGGGAGCUGUAAUCUCCUGCUCUCUAUAGGAGGCUCCAGGUCACGGCUGCAUUCUUCCUGCCAACCCUGUACCACACUCUGCUUCUCUGCAGAGUGAUGAUGGGAGGGGGAGACGGGACCGCUGCGUCUGUCCUGGGCUUUGCCUGGUGGUAUCUGUACCCUAGGACAGGGGACACUGAUCACAGGACAGCAGAACGGUUCCAGGACAGCAUGACUGGAGCCAUCACCUCAGAAAUACUGAUCCUUGCCUGGUGCUUUCCUAUCUAGAUGUGUUUUCUGAACAGGACAGGGGGGGAAAAUCAUGUCUUGUCCAGGUUAUAUGGACUUCAGAAAAGAAUCCUGCUAAGCUGGUUGGAGAAUGUUUUUCUUGUGUUUUAAGAAUUAGACAAUGAGAAGGUAAACCAGUUUAGUUGGUUUCCUUCUUGCAUCCAUCUACAAGUUUAUUCUUAGGUGAUCUAUAAUGCUACUUCUCUUUAUUGGGACAAUCCUAAGCACUUGCUUAACCACAGUUAAGACUUACCUGAAGAGUCCUUGAAUUUCUGAUGUGUUACUCUUUAGCAUCUGAGACAAAUGUACUUUGCCGGGGAAUUUCUUUUUUUCAGUCUUCUCUUCCUUUCAUUGGCUCAGCGCAGAGCACACUGUGAUCUGCAGGUUUAAUCCCCCAUGUCUCCUUUUGCCCAGUGGUCUCUUACUUUGCUCCUUCAUGUUCAGGGAAUGCAGACAAGGAUCAUACAUCCUGAUGCAGUGGAAGCACUACCACAUCCCUGUACUGUACGCAGUGAGCCUCCUGGGGCGACCAGUUGUCACCACUGCAAGUAGUCCAGUGUCCAGUUCUUCCCCAUAAUGGAGCUAACAAGGCUCCCGUGUUUGCUCAGCCUUGGGAAACUCAAUACUUAAUUCACUCUUCAGCCACAUUAUGAGGCCAGAAGCCAGUGCUCUUGUGUUGGACUAGUAAUUCCUGAGCCACCAUCCCACCUCCUGCUUCACCCACCCCAACAGACAGGAUCAUCCACCUGAACCAGUCUUCGUUUCUGUUGCUCAUCAUUCCUCUUCUCCUGACUGGUGGAAUAUGGCAGCUCUUGAUCCUGCACAAUGGCAGGAGCAAGGCAGUCCUGGUCUUCUCCAGAGUCUUCUCCACAAUGAGAGAGCAGCCUGUGCGGAAAGGAGAGGAAAGGUCGUGUGUGUGUGUGUGUGUGUGUGUGUGUGUGUGUGUGUGUGUGUGCGCGCGUGCGCGCGCACCAGCCACAAGAACAGUGGACAUUCUUGACCCCAUUGUCUCACCAGCUGUUUGCAGCCCUUUUGCUCCCAGGCAUGGAGGAAACAAGACAGUUGGCUUUUAGGCAAUAGCUUCUUUUCUUUGUUUCAAUUCUUUCUGAAGCUUUUGCCUCUAAUGUGGCUUCCUUUUAGAUCUGGUUCUAGGCACCAACAUCACCAAAAAAAAAAAAAAAAAAAAAGCCUUCUAAGCUCUUAGGAAAAGUCUCAAAGCUCUGGAGAUAUGAAAGAAAGGGAUAUACUACCACCUUAUUAAGAGAUAUAGACAGCAUUGAACCAGAGUAUUUUUAAGCUACUUGUGUUUUGUGGUCAAUAUAUCAGCUUUCUGAAAUUAGCACCUUAUAUUGAGUUGAACGAUAUCAGGAUCAAUCUCUCUCUCACUCUCUGGGCAUCUGACUGUGUUAGGUCUGCAGUAGGAUAAUGGACCAUGCCAAGUUUAGGCCAUGACUAGCUUCCUCAUACUCCUCACCUGUCUGGGACCAGAACCCCAAGUAACAUUAGAGCUGUAUGUGAUGCCCAAUGGCAGCGUCUACUGUGCCAGAGACAGUAAGGAUCCUGAGUUGCUUGUUCAUCAGGGUCACCUCAAGGCAGUUUAGUUGGUAGGCUGGCACCUGUCAUCCAGUGACAUCUAAAAGGAGAAAAACUCUGGAGACUUGGAUCAGCUUUUGUAGCUAUUAGCUGCAGCCCCUGCCUGGGCUUCUGGCGUAGAAUCCAUUUGGGAGUACCUGACUGGCCAGUGUCAUUCAGUGGGGAAGUGGGCUAGGGAGGAAAGUAGACUGACUCUUCUCACCUCUAAUAAAACUCACAAAAUUCCAGAGAAUUCUGCUGCUUCCCUAGCAACCAGAGAAGUGUGUAUGUGACAAGCCAGUUCUCCAGGCAUAACCCAGGUGUGAGACUCAAAGCUUUCCUGUUUACUUAAAUUUAGAAAUUGGCAAGUUAAGGGAUGGUGGGUAUGUUGUAUGGUUGGAUGCGGAAGAAAAGCUCUGUUGACCUGUAGGAGAUGUUUUUUAAGUGAAAUCCUUUUCAACUCAAAACAGAUAUGAGAAGCAAGGUGAAGAACACACACACAAACUAAUUGUUAAAGGGUGGAAUUUUCAAAAGACCCAAGCUUCCCACCUGCUGCAUCUUUCUCUGCCUUUCCAGUGGAAGUUGACAGUCUCAGUAUGCACCUGUGGCUUCCUUGUGCAUUUGAGCAUGUUAUAAUUAAGAAUCGAUCAGUUUCUGAGACCUAUUUCCAUGGUCACUCUAAUGCCUGGCAUCUUUUUGCUGAUUCAUCUUUUAUAAAGACUGAGAUUGUGUCUGGUCUCAACGGAGUUGGUGUUGUAGCCUUAAUUCUUAUUGUGACUAUCCAGUGGGUAGCAUUUUCUUCUUUAGGAAAUGCAGGGGCAGAUCGAAGUUUAUGGUUCCACCUGAGGUUUAAAUCACAUUUUUUAUUUCUCUGUAUCUUCUAGGUGUAGAGCACUUGCUCUGGGAGCGGGGAUAAUUGGAAACAUUUCAUAAGUUGAUCUACUUGCUUUCCUACAUCUGGGUUCUCAGCCUCAGAGUCCCGCUCUUUCUGUGUCACUAUCAUCCUGUGUCACUACUGACGGGUUUCCUUUUCAGUGUAAUAGCUUUUUUACCAUCCAAUCCAAACCUGUGCAGAGAAAAGUUAUGGAAUAGAAACACUGGAAAUAAGUGGACGAGAACAGCAGCUGCUGUGGGUUUUUGUUGUUGAAAACUUUGAGACCUAUCACAUGCAUUUGUGAGGAAAUAGUGCACUUUGUCUUAGGGGGGAAAGAAAGAAACCACAGCAAACCUUUCCUGACUGUCAAAUCUCUCCCCUAACCCCACAGUAAUAUGUAAGUCAUGUUAAGUCAGUUCAGUCUUGGAAGCACUACAGCAACCUGUACCUGCAUUCUGUAACAGGAUAACCGGCUCCAGAGCUUCUUGUCUAGGCAGCAGAACUUCCUGCUGUUUCUUUUAAUAAUCGUUAAGCCAUAUCAUCUAAGGUUUUCGGCUUGUUUGAGAUGUGAAUUUGUUUAAUAGAUAAUAAAUAUACAUAUACAGUGUAUGUAUAAAGCGGAAUGCCUGUCCUUCCUGAUUACUUUUGUACCAUAUUGUAAAUUACAUUAUUUAUUCUUUACCAAUUUUGGGAAUAAAAGGUGUUUUGGUUAUUUAAUAUAAUAAACAAAAGCUGUUAAACUUCUUAUGUUUAAAUUUCCAGUUUAACUUGUAAAUCUGUUUUUAUUAUUGUGCAUAAAUACAUACUAAUACUUGAUCUAAUAA